AUCCAUCCAAUGGGAGCGCGUUUGGGACUUCGCCUAGGAUUCUCAGUUCUAUUCAUCUUACUACGAGCUUAAACUUGAGCCAACUGUGGCCAUGGAGACUGACCGUAUAAAAAUGCCCGUUUAACCUCCGUUGAGAGAUAAGAUGCCUGCUUCAGUGUCGUGCUCUGGCCGUCUAAUAGUCAUUGGGAUCCUCGCUCUGCUUGUUGCUCUCAUCAGCUCUGACACAUGGGCCAAUGAAGUUUCAGACCUCCAGUAUGGGCGCCUGGGCUCCAGUGUCACUCUGGCAUGCAGAGGCUCCAGGAGGGGGUCCCCUGUGGAGUGGCGUGUGAAUGGGAGCUCAGUGCUGCCCCGGCAGGCUCUCCGCCUGGACUCCGUCCUCACCCUGCCCAACGCCGGCCACGCCAUGGAGGGCAACUACAGCUGCCACGACCAGGGAGGAGCCCUCAUCCACGCCGUGCCACUCCGACUAGGCCAUCCACCUGCUCGUGUGAACAUCACCUGUCGGCUCCCGAGUCACUUCAGAGUGCACUGCUCUUGGAUCACGCAGGUGGAAACAUCUCUGCCUACUCACUACGUCUCGUCCUACAUCUCCAACUAUAACGGCGUCGUCACGGUGGAAGACUGCGUCCAGGAGGCCCCGGGCAGCCCCAGCUGCGUCAUCAACAACCCCCUGAUGUGGAUCCACAAGCACCUGAUCAACGUCACGGAGGUCAACCCCUUGGGCGUGCAGCAGACCAUCGUCAGAGUGGACCUCCGACAGCUGAUGAAGCCAGACCCGCCUGAGGAGGUGGCCUCCGUGGGGGUCGAAGGUCACCCGACCAGGCUGCUGGUGCGUUGGAGCAUCCCCGGGUCGUGGGAGCCUGAGGACACCUACCCCAGCGCCUUCCCUCUUGCCUUCCAACUGCGCUACCGGCCCGUGGGCUCCCAGUACUGGUCCAUGCUGUACACGGAGGAAAACACCAGUCUGAUGAUCAUGGACGCCCUGGCGGGACACACACACCACCUCCAGGUGCAGGCCAGGGAGCUCUUCAACGCAGACAGCCAGUGGAGCGACUGGAGCGGCCUAAUACAAGCCCAGCCCUGGAGAGAGCGGCUCCUGCCCACUGUGGAGCCCACAGACACCCCGGAGCUGAUCGGCCCCGACCACAACAACAACAUCAACAACAACAACACGGACGCAGACGUCUCAACAGUCAAGAGCCCAGAUCUGCAGCUGCCCGACGGCACGGGCCUGGCUCUGGUGAUGGUGCUCAGCCUCUUCGCCGGGAUCAUCGUGGUCGUGGGCCUCAUCGUCAUCCUCCUUCUGUGGAUGAGGCACCGGAGACGAGGCGGUUUAAGCAAACAGCAGCUGACCUCCAUGGUGAAGAUGAAGUCCUUGCUAAUCUGAAAUGUGGAGGUUGGCCAUGUGGUUGCGGCCCUCAUAGGGCUCCAUCAAAGGGAAUCCUCACCACUGUCACUGCCCGGCUCCAGUAUCCCACAAUGCAACAGGGCCGGCUCCUUUCAGCAGAGACACAGACCCUGGGAACUGUGAAUACAAUGCAUAAAACUCUAUGUAGCACACACACACACACGCACACACACACACCCACACACACACACACAC